CAGGACUCUGAAAGGACGUUCUUCUUCCCAAAAAUAUGGCAUCUCAAACUGAGGAGGAUCUCACCUGUCCCAUCUGCCACGACAUCUUCAAAGAGCCUGUUGUCCUGUCCUGCAGCCACAGCUUCUGUAGAUCAUGUCUGAAAAACUGGUGGGAAGAGAAGAAAACACCUGAGUGUCCAGACUGCAAGGAAACGCUGCUAAUAGUUGAACCCCCUGUGAGUUUGACUUUAAAGAACCUGUGUGAGACCUUUGUACUGGAGAGAAAAAAGAAAUUAUCUACAGAAUCUGAGCCUCUCUGCAAUCUGCACGCUGAGAAACUAAAACUAUUCUGUCUGGAUCACCAUCAGCCAGCAUGUCUCGUCUGUCGGGAUUCAAAAUUACACAUUAACCAUAGGUUCAGACCCAUCCACGAAUUUGCACAUGAGCACAAAGGGAAACUACAGAAGCUCCUGGAACCUGUACAGGAGAAACUGAAGAUCUUUAGAGAAGUCAAAGGAAACUUUGAUGAAACAGCAGAACACAUUAAAGUGCAGGCUGAACACACAGAGAGGAAGAUUAAGGAGCAGUUUAAGAAGCUUCACCAGUUUCUACAAGAGGAAGAGGAGGCCAGGAUCAAAGCUCUGAGGGAGGAAGAGGAGCAGAAGAGUCAGAUCAUGAAGGUGAAUAUUGAUGCUCUGAGCAUAGAGAUAAUAGCUCUUUCAGACACAAUCAGAGUCACAGAGAAGGAGCUGAAAGCUGAAGACGUCUCAUUCCUGCUCAACUACAAGGCUGCAGUGGAAAGAGUGCAGCAGCGCCCCUUGAUGGAUGAUCCACAGCUGGACUCUGGAGCUCUCAUAGAUGUGGCCAAACAUCUGGGCAACCUGUCCUACAACAUCUGGGACAAGAUGAAGGAGAAGGUCUCCUACAGUCCUGUGAUUCUGGAUCCAAACACUGCUCAUCCAGACCUCAUCCUGUGUGAAGAUCUGACCAGUGUGAGGCUUCAUUCGAAGAUUAAGCUUCCUGAAAACCCAGAGAGGAUGAUGUUCUUCCCCUCUGUCCUCGGCUCCGAGGGCUUCGACUCAGGGAGUCACAGCUGGGACGUUGAGGUCGGAAAUAACACCCACUGGAGAGUUGGUGUGGCAGCGGAGUCCAUUGACAGGAAGGGGCUGCCACAGUCUGGAUUUCUGAGACUGCUCUUCUUUCAGAAUGAAUACACCACCCGCUCCUCACCUGAUAGAGCCGCUGUCGUAACAAUGAAGACGAAACUGAAGAAGGUCAGAGUUCAUCUGGACUGGGACAGAGGGACACUGUCAUUCUCGGAUCCUGACACCAACACACACAUACACACCAUCACACACACUUUCACUGAGAAGAUGUUUCCAUAUUUCAGCAAUGGAGGGUCUCUGCCCCUAAAAACGCAACCGGUGAAGGAAACUCCUGAGAGGAAAGGAGACUGGAAGAGUCGGUGGCUUUUUAAUGAAUCAGUAAUCUAA